AUGUUUGCUUUAAGUUCUAAAAGUUCGGCGACCGUAUUUCGUCUGCAUUACAAGUUUGAUUUGUGUAUUGUACGAUUUUUCGUCCAAAUUCAACCCCAGCCGAGACUUCCUGCUGUCGUGGAUGUUCAGGUCAGCGUCGCGACGCACUCUGCAACGGUCAAGUAUGACGAGGAUCGCUGCACGGCCUCAGACAUCGCCGACGUCAUCAGGGAUAUCGGUUAUGAGGCGGAUGUACUCUCGCAGUUCGGUAAGCUACAAGCUGAACUUUGA